UUGGCUCAAGCCUGACAAAGGGAAAGACAGAAAAAGGAAAGUCCAUUAGCUAGUCUUAAAAAAAAAAAAAAAAAAAAAAAAAAAAAAAAAAAAAAAAAAAAAAAAAAAAAAAAAAAAAAAAAAACAAAAAAAAAAAAAAAAAAAAAAAAAAAAAAAAAAAAAAAAAAAAAAAAAAAAAAAAAAAAAAAAAAAAAAAAGAAAGAAGAAAAAGCACAUAAACAAGGAAAUGGAGAUUGAGGAAAUGAGCAGCUAUGAAGCACUGCCCCUUCUGUCGUUGAAUCAUGUGUCGUUGUCGUGUAGAUCUGUUUGGGCUUCUACCUAUUUCUAUGAGGAAGUUUUGGGCUUUGUUCAAAUCAAACGACCUUCUUCUUUGAAGUUCAAUGGAGCUUGGUUAUAUAGUUAUGGCAUUGGAAUACAUUUGAUUGAGAACUUAGCUCUAGAAGAAUUUGACCCGAUUAUCGAACCACGUCCAAUUAAUCCCAGAGACAAUCACAUAUCCUUUCAGUGCACAGAUAUAGGCCUUGUGAAGAGGAAGUUGCAAGGAUUGGGAAUAAGGUAUGUGACAGCAACUAUUGAUGAUGAUGAUGGGAAUCGAGCGGAUCAAAUUUUCUUCCAUGACCCAGAUGGGUAUAUGAUUGAAAUAUGCAAUUGUGAAAACAUCCCAAUUACUCCAAUUUCUUCUUGCUCUUUCAAUUUCAUCCCUAGAAAUGUGAGAAGCUGCAAAGGGACAAUAUCCAACAAAUGUGGCUUCAUGGAGAAUGUCAUGAUGGAAAGCUUAAGCAGGGACAUGAUGGAUAUUUCAUUCUAAUAUGCUAAAAUUUCUUCUCUCUUC